UGCGGCGCGCUCACCAAGCAGCGCGUGCACCGUGGCGCCGCCACGCCUGACCUCUUCCACUACCUCAACCACGACGACAACCCGUCGCGCCCGCCGCCCGCGCAGGAGCAGCUUAUCGAGGACGGCAUCCUCGCGAUGGUCGCGGGCUCGGACACCGUCGCCUCGGCGCUCACCUCGCUCUUCGCCUGCCUCGUCGCGCACCCCGCCGUCUACGCGCGCCUGCAGGCCGAGGUCGACGCGCACUACCCGCGCGACACAGACGCGACGGCGACGCGCGCGCACCGCGACAUGGCCUAUCUAGGCGCCGCGAUAAACGAGACGCUGCGCCUGUUCCCGCCCGUCCCGAGCGGCACGCAGCGCCAGACGGCCCCGGGCGGCCCUGGAUUCACUGUGGGAGACAAGUACAUACCUCCCGGGACGGCGCUCUGGGUGCACGUCUGGUCGAUGCAACGCGACGCCCGUAGCUUCUCCGAGCCCGCGCGCUUCUGGCCCGAGCGCUGGCUGGUCGACGCGCACGACUCGAAGGCGAGCGGGUUCGUGCACGACGAGGCCGCGUUCAACCCGUUCUCGUACGGGCCGCUCAACUGCGUCGGGAAGGCGCUCGGGCUGCAGGAGAUCCGGACGGUGGCGUGCGCGGUGCUGCAGCGGUUCGAGGUCCGGCGGGUGGUGGGCGGCGAGGGCGUGCGAGGGGCGGAGCGGUGGAUGGCGGCGUACGAGGGGGAGUACCGGGACCGCUUUGUGAGCGUGCGGGGGAAGGUGCGCGUCGUGCUGGAGGCGCGUUGA